GUGGAAAUGGCAAUUUCUCCCAGAAAUGGCAAGGCGAGCAAGCGCCUGCAUUCAGUAAACAUUUUCCAGAAGAAAAUAACAAGCCAAAGACCAAAAAGAAAAAAGAGCCGGUUUUCUCUCAUUAUUGUGAUACCUGUGACCGUGGCUAUAAAAACCAGGAGAAGUAUGAUGAACAUAUUUCACAACAUAAACAGUGCACAGAAGAAGGUUGCAGUUUCAGUGCUCAUGAGAAGAUAGUUCAGAUACACUGGAAGAACGCACACGCACCUGGUGCUAAAAGAAUAAAAUUAGAUAGUCCAGAAGAGAUCGCUAGAUGGAGAGAAGAAAGAAAAAAAAAUUUUCCUACGUUGGCAAACAUUGAAAGGAAGAAGGCGAUGCAGAUGCAGAAGGAAGAAAGGGGAGAAGUGCUGACUACCCAACAGUUUGGCAAAAUGAAGGGGAUGUGGAAACCUCCAGAAAAUGAGGAGAGGCUUGGGCAGCAAGGAAGACAGAGGAGAAGACAAAGGCGCCCGUUCUGGAAGAAAUUUAGGAAAAAUGGUGGCGAUUAUAAUGUACAUAGAACUCAAAAUGAAACCAGUGGACCAGAAAACAGUACGUGUGAAAAGGAACAGGAAAAACAGUGUGCUUUGACAGCUCAGCCAUGUGUGAAGGACAUGGAUCCUCUUGGUCUUCUGGCAAACAGUGAUGUUGAAUCCGACAAGGACGAAGCAGCAGCUGAAGACGGGAGGCUGGGGUUGACUGUUGUUCCCAAACAGGUCACCUCUGCCCUGAGUUCAUUGUCGACCAACUACGGCAGCGCGUCCGACAGUGAGCCCGAAGAAAUCCCUGUCAAGGCUGCAACAAAAGCGGAGAAAAACCAGUCUGCACUCAGAAAUAUGCCUCAAACUACUAAUGUUCCUUGGAGUCGAAACCCAAAUCAAAAGCGUCCAGAAUAUGCAGGCACGACGUUAAGAAGCUCGAAUUCAAAUGCACGUCCCUCCAGAGGGCCUGAUAACUGGGGCAAGAAAAUAUUACCUCUCCUUCCAAAGCGCCGUCCAACUCUGCUGGAAAUGUUACUGGCCCAGGACAUCCGACACGAAAGGAAUGUGAUUUUGCAGUGUGUUCGAUACCUCAUCCGAAAUAACGUGUUUGGACUUAAUUUUAAAACAGAACCACAAGCUGAAACAGAGACUGAACAGUCCUCUACAACUACAGCAGAGUCUUUGACGGACAAACUCAAUGAAUCUAAUUGUUCUUGUAGCUCUGACCUUCAGUUAGCAGGAGGAGAAGAUGAUGUGUUAUUAAUAGCCCAGGGUGAGAAAGCACCCAUGGAUCAGACUUCACAGAUGGCUCACUUGGCAGACGAGGACAUGUGGGAAACCCCGUCAAUUCAGUGUGAAGAAGCACUGUAG